AUGUCAACACAGAAGGACCAGAAAAUCUUGAUCAUCGGCACCGGCACUUUCGGAGCCUCUACAGCGUACCACCUGGCAAAGCGAGGCUACACGAACAUCACUUGCAUUGAUAAAUGGCCAUACCCAAGUCUCGAUUCUGCUGGUUAUGAUAUCGUACGCACCACCUCGUUAUCUUGCACCUGCCUCCACUAA